ACUCUCGUUCUGGCCCCCCGGCCCUCCUCCGCCGAGCACGCUGGGCCAAUGCGCUGAGCUCCAUCCAGAAUCGGCGGGGGAAGAAAAGAAGCUGGCGCCGAAGAUCUCGGCCUGGCUGGAACACAGGAUUCACAUAGUCCACCUUGCCUAUUGCAGACUUCUACGCAGACAGUAUUCUGAAUGGGAGCCGGAUACAGUUUCACUUGAGUAUUCUGAAUGGGAGCAGGAUACAGUUUCACUUGAGUAUUCUGAAUGGGAGCUGGAUACAGUUUCACUUGACUCAACCCCUGAAGAAUCCCAGCAGCCCCCCACGACAACCGCAGUCCCCGCCUCCUCCCUGAGUUCCAGGCCCAGUCUACAGGCAACCAGCCAUGGAGGUCCUGCCCCAUCAAACUCUGCCCCUCCCUUGCCGAGGAGCACUUUGGAAGCACUCGCGUCUUGGACUCCACCGAGGAAGAGUUCAUGGUCAAAGUCUUCAGGAAGGAAAGGAUCGAGGUCUCCACAGACGAAGAGGUCAAGGUCUCCACGGACGAAGAGGUCAAGGUCUCCACGGACGAAGAGGUCAAGGUCUCCACGGACAAAGAGGUCAAGGUCAAAGUCUUCAGGAAGGAAGCGGUCGAGUUUAAGGAAGAGGUCAUCGUCGCCAGCGAGUUUGCGGUCCCCAGACUGGAAGCGAACCAGCGGUAAAGCUAGCUCACCCCGUAGCUCCAGGCCUAUCCACAGCCGUAGAAGCCGCUCCCGUUCCUCGUCAAGCUCCUCCCCCAGCUCCGACCGUUACCGUGGCAAAAGGCCGGCCUCACCAGCCAGGAGAUCUAGGCGAAGCUCUGGGUCCCCACGAAGGGGUCGGGGGUCACGAUCGCCCCGACAUGCACGUGGUACCAGACCCAACCGCAGGUCCCGCUCUGGGUCUCGAUCCCCGCACCCCUCCUCUCAGCGAAGACGGUCGCGCAGUCACGAUGGGAGGUCUUCGGGUCGCAGACAAGAGGAGACCAGCGUAGAACAGCUGGCCAAGAAACUACUGGAAUCCUCUGGUGUCCAGAGCUUCACUGGCUCCUCCAGUCUAGAGCUUGUGGUCCAGACUCUGGCCCCAGUGCUGCUGGCAGAGCUGGCCAAGCUGAAGGCCGCUUCAUCAUCAUCCUCUGAUUCAUCUAAAGAUCAAAAAAAGCCAUUCUCCUCCUCGUCAUCUAGAGAUGAACAGAAGCAGUCAUCCUCCUCAUCUAGAGACGAGAAGAAGCCAUCCUCCUCCUCUAGAGAUGAACAGAAGCCAUCAUCUAGAGACGAGAAGAAGCCAUCCUCCUCCUCUAGAGAUGAACAGAAGCCAUCUUCCUCAUCAUCUAGAGACGAGAAGAAGCCAUCCUCCUCCUCUAGAGAUGAACAGAAGCCAUCAUCUAGAGACGAGAAGAAGCCAUCCUCCUCCUCUAGAGAUGAACAGAAGCCAUCAUCCUCAUCAUCUAGAGACGAGAAGAAGCCAUCCUCCUCUUCCUCAUCUAGAAAUGAACAGAAGCAGUCAUCCUCCUCAUCUAAAGACGAGAGGAAGCCAUCCUCCUCUUCCUCAUCUAGAGAUGAACAGAAGCAGGCAUCCACUUCUUCGACCAAUGGAGGGAAUGAACCACCUUUGUCCUCUUCCUCUGUUAAGGGAAUCAAGAAGUUGCUGGUUAAGAAGAGUGAACCAACUAAAUCUGCAAAACCUCCAGGGUCGGGUCUCCUGGGCUUCGUACCGGCCCACCCUCCCCUGCUCCUGUCUGGGCUUCCCUCCACGGUCACCCAGCAGCAGGUGUUCUCCGCUGUAGAGAAGUUCGGAAAAAGCAGACUCAUUUCUGUGGCGCAACAGCGACAAGAGGCCACGGUGUACUUUCUACAAGAAGCUGCCGCAAAUGCCUUGCUCGGCUUUACGGAGCUGAAGAUUGGUGGAAAUCCAAUCACUGUGACACAGAUAGCGGUACCUGGGACAACAACAGUGCCACACCUUCUUCCGACCCCGGUUUCUUCCGUCCAAGUAAAAAGCUCUGCCGCAAUGGCCAUCAAUGUUGUGGCAGAACCUCCCUCAAUUUCCUUGCAAAGCAACAAGACGACCGCGCCCGGUAUCAAAACGACCGCGCCCGGUAUCAAAACGACCACGCCUGGCAGCAAGAAGGCCACGCCUGGCAGCCAGAAGGCCACGCCUGGCAGUCAGAAGGCCACGCCUGGCAGCCAGAAGGCCACGCCUGGCAACAAGAAGGCCACGCCUGGCAACAAGAAGGCCACACCUGGCAACAAGAAGGCCACACCUGGCAACAAGAAGGCCUCACCUGGCAACCAGAAGGCCACACCUGGCAACCAGAAGGCCACACCUGGCAACCAGAAGGCCACACCUGGCAACCAGAAAACCACGCCUGGCAAAAAGACGCCUAUGCCCAGCAAGUCAACAACCACGCCUGACAACAAGGUGACAACACCCGGCAACAAGGCGGCCUCGCCUGGUAACAAGACUGCCACGCCUGGCAGCACGACCAUGCCCAGCAAAAAGAUGAUACCUGGAAACACCAUAACCACGCCUGUCAACAAGACAGCCACACCGGCGAACAAGUUGGCCCCGCCCGUUAACGUAACGAUCACACCUGGUAGCGACACGACCACAAUCGGCAACACAACAACCAUGUCUGAAAACAAGACGACCACACCCGGCAACAAGACGACUGUUCUCUGCAAAACGACAUCCAUGCCUAGAAACACAACGACUGUGCCUGGCAGCACAGCAACGGCCGGCGACAAGAUGACCACACCCGGCAACAAGACUGCCACACCUGGCAGUGACACAACCACAACCGGAAACACAGAAACCAUGUCUGAAAACAAGACGACCACACCCGACAACAAGGCGGCCACGCCUGGUAGCACAACAACCAUCCCCGGCAGCACGAUGACCACACCUGGUAACGAGAUUACCACGCCUGGUAGCACAACAACCAUGCCCAGCAAAAAGGAGUUAACCUCUGGCAACACCAUAACCACGCCUGUCAACAAGGCGGCCACACCUGGCGACAAGAUGGCCCCUCCCGUUAACGUAGUGAUCACACCUGGCAGCGACACGACCACAACCGGCAACACAACAACCACGCCUGACAACAAGGUGACCACACCCGGCACCGAGCCUGCAACCCCUGGCAACACAACAGCCACGCCUGUCAAUAACACUACCAUGACAAGCAACGCAACAACCUUGCCUGACAACAAGACGACCACACCCGGCAACAAGACGACUGUUGUCUGCAAAACGACAUCCAUGCCUAGCAACACAACGACUGUGCCUGGCAGCACAACAACGCCCGGCGACAAGAUGACCACACCUGGUAACGUGAUUACCAUGCCUGGUAGCACAACAUCCAUGCCCAGCAAAAAGGAGAUAACCCCUUGCAACACCAUAACUAUGCCUGUCAACAAGACGGCCACACCUGGCGACAAGAUGGCCCCGCCCGGCGACAAGAUGGCCCCGCCCGUUACCGUAACGAUCACACCUGGCAGCAACACGACCACAACCGGCAACACAACAACCAUGUCUAAAAACAAGACGACCACACCCGGCAACAAGACGGCCACACCUGGUAACAAGAUUGCCACGCCUGGUAGCACAUCAACCAUGCCCAGCACAAAGAAGAUAACCCCUGGCAACACCAUAACCACGCCUGUCAACAAGGCGGCCACACCCGGCGAAAAGAUGGCCCUGCCCAUUAACGUAACGAUCACACCUGGCAGCGACACGACCACAACCGGCAACACGACAACCACGCCUGACAACAAGGUGACCACACCCGGCAACAACACGGAAACGCCUGGAAUAAACACCGCCCUGUCUGGCACAGCAUCAAUUAUGCCUGGCAACGAGACCGCAACCCCUGGCAACACAACAGCCACGCCUGUCAAGAACACUACCAUGCCAAGCAACGCAACAACCUUGCCUGUCAACAAGAUUACCGCACCCGGCAACAAGGCGGCCUCGCCUGGUAACAAGGCGGACAUGCCUGGCAGCACGACCAUGCCCAGCAAAAAGAUGAUUUCUGGCAACACCAUAACCACGCCUGUCAACAAGACGGCCACACCCGGCAACAAGUUAGCCCCGCCCGUUAACGUAACGAUCACACCUGGCAGCGACAAGACCACAACCGGCAACAAAGCAACCAUGUCUGAAAACAAGACGACCACACCCGGCAACAAGACGACUGUUCUCUGCAAAACGACAUCCAUGCCUAGAAACACAACGACUGUGCCUGGCAGCACAGCAACGCCCGUCGACAAGAUGACCACACCCGGCAACAAGACUGCCACACCUGGCAGUAAAACGACCACAACCGGAAACACAACAACCAUAACUGAAAACAAGACGACCACACCCGACAACAAGGCGGCCACGCCUGGUAACGAGAUUGCCACGCCUGGUAGCACAACAACCAUGCCCAGCAAAAAGAAGAUAUCCCCUGGCAACACCAUAACCACGCCUGUCAACAAGACGGCCACACACCGCGACAAGAUGGCCCCGCCCGUUAACGUAACGAUCACACCUGGCAGCGACACGACCACAACCGGCAACACAACAACCACGCCUGACAACAAGGUAACCACACCCGGCAACAACACAGCCACGCCUGGUAAAAAGACCGCCCUGCCUGGCACAGCACCAAUAAUGCCUGGCAACGAGACCGCAACCCCUGGCAACACAACAGACACGCCUGUCAAGAACACUACCAUGCCAAGCAACGCAACAACCUUGCCUGACAACAAGACGACCACACCCGACAUCAAGACGACUGUUCUCUGCAAAACGACAUCCAUGCCUACUAACAAAACGACUGUUCCUGGCAGCACAACAACGCCCGGCAACAAGAUGACCACACCCGGCAACAAGGUGGCCUCGCCUGGCAACAAGGCGACCAUGCCUGGCAGCACGACCAUGCCCAGCAAAAAGAAGAUAACUCCUGGCAACACCAUAACCAGCCCUGUCAACAAGACGGCCACACCCGGCAACAAGAUGGCCCCGCCUCUUAACGUAACGAUCACACCUGGCAGCGACAUGACCACAACCGGCAAACCAACAACCAUGUCUGAAAACAAGACGACCACACCCGGCAACGAGGCGGCUAUGCCUUGUAACAAGACGGCCACACCCGGCAACAAGAUGGCCCCGCCUGUUAACGUAAAGAUCACACCUGGAAACAAGAUGGCCUCGCCUGGCAAUACGACGAACACACCUGGCAGCGACACGACCACAACCGGCAACACAACAACCAUGUCUGAAAACAAGACGACCACACCCGGCAACAAGGCAGCCACGCCUGGUAACAAGACGGCCACACCCGGCAACAAGAUGGCCCCACCCGUUAACGUAACGAUCACACCUGGCAGCGACACGACCACAACCGGCAAUACACCAACCAUGUCUGAAAACAAGACGACCACACCCGGCAACAAGGCAACUGUUCUCGGCAAAAAAACAUCCAUGCCUAGCAACACAACGACUGUGCCUGGCAGCACAGCAACGCCCUUUGACAAGAUGACCACACCCGGUAACAAUACUGCCACUUCUGGCAGCACAACAACCACGCCCCGCAACAAGAUGACCACACCUGGUAACGAGAUUACCACGCCUGGUAGCACAACAAUCAUGCCCAGCAAAAAGAAGAUAACCCCUGGCAACACCAUAACCACGCCUGUCAACAAGGCGGCCACACCUGGCAACAAGAUGGCCCCGCCCGUCAACGUAACGAUCACACCUGGCAGCGACACGACCACAACUGGCAACAAGACGCCCACACCCGGCAACAAGACGCCCACACCCGGCAACAAGACGCCCACACCCGGCAACAAGACGCCCACUUCCGACAACAAGACGCCCACUUCUGACAACAUAACACCCACGCCUGACAACAUGGCAAUCGAGCUCAGCAACAACACGGACAUGCAAUGCGACAUAGAAGUUUUCCCCACCGUCCUCUUCCUCGAAUCAAUUCAAUGUCUGGAUGUUCAGUGUUGGACAUGGAAUGACUUCCUACCCUACGCCACCAGUGGUGCCACUAUCAUGGUGACUGAUCUGCCAGAGAUAAAAUACGAUGUUUACCAUGCUACUUCGAUCAUACAAGUUUUGGAGAAGUUUGGCAACAUCCAAUGUGAAAAAUGCUUCAUCCUUCCUGACAACUCCACGGCGUUUGUAACCAUGACGGCCAAUAGGAUGGCAUCCCUGAUUGAGGCGCUGGUGAUGGAAGCCUCCUUGAACUUCAAAACUGUCCGCUUUCACCUUCUGAAGGAGAAUGCCCUCGAAUCUCCGAUCGACUUCUAUAAACAUCUUCUGCGCUGGAGUGAAAAGCUUUAUGAUGAGUCUACAUUGGAGUACAGACUGGUGUUCAUCAGCAACAUUCCUUAUUGCAAAUCCUCGAUGGACGACAUCCAUAAAGGCCUCAUCAAUACCGGAGGAGUCAGGCACUACCUGCCGAUGAUUGGCAAGAUAUUUGUAGAAUUUGUCACGGUGGAGGAUGCAGACCGAUUCGGUGUCUGGCUGUCCACAUUUCCACUGAGCUGGGAAAUCCAUAUCUCGCGUCCUGGCCUCGACCAACACAAGGCAGGGCGUGAAGAUGCGUUCUUGAUGGCGGUGGCCAACCAGACCAUAUUCUAUCCCACCCUGUCCCCCCAGUUCUACACCCCUGCACACCGGACGGUGAACGGACCAGAAGACCUUGAGUGGGCGGAGACCAAUUUGACUACGCAGAGCGUCAUGGUGACAGGGCUGGCGUUCGGCACCUACCGCCACAUGGACCUCGUGGAUGAGGUGUGGCCUUACUUCGUGGAGAAGGACAUCAGCCGUGUGUACUACUCUGUAGUGAUACUACCUCUGCAGAGAAGGGCCUUCAUCCACUUUGACGACGCUUUGAAGUGUAAGGAGUUUGUCUCCGAUUUCCUCCACAAGCCGUUCACUAUCGGAGGAUCUGACCUCACCCUCCACUUCCUCCUGGACCAUCUUAAGCCCUGCACCUCAGAGCUGCAAUUGUACAACAGACUGCUGGGAUGGACCAAUGUGGAUUCUAAGGGGACUGGUUACCAGGACCAGCUGAUACUGAAGGAGAUGGAUUACUGCAGCAGGAAAGAGCUGAGGUGCAUCUUUGACCACUUGACGAACAAAGCACGCAUCAACUGGGUCAGCUUCCUAGUCCUCGCCAACCGGGUGGUUUUCCAGCUCGUUGUGGGACGACCCGAUAUUAAAAGGAUGUCCAAAGUGUUGGAUAAGCUCAAUGGUAAAAAGGGGAGGACUCCAGUUCAAUAUGGGACCAAUCGGGAGGUUGUAGACAAAGUGUGGAAAUCGGUAAAGGAUUUCACGUCAGGCAUUCAGAAAAUAGAUGUCAGGACUGUGAUCAACAGUCCCCAGCAUGCAAAGUCUUGCCAAUCGCCACCGGACCCCUCAGCGCCUGGCCAAUCGCCACCGGACCCCUCAGGUCCUGGUCCCUCAGGUCCUGGCCCCUCAGCACCUGGCCCCUCAGCGCCUGGCCCCUCAGCGCCUGGCCCCUCAGCGCCUGGCCCCUCAGGUCCUGGCCCCUCAGGUCCUGGCCCCUCAGGUCCUGGCCCCUCAGGUCCUGGCCCCUCAGGUCCUGGCCCCUCAGGUCCUGGCCCCUCAACGCCUGGCCCCUCAGGUCCUGGCCCCUCAGGUCCUGGCCCCUCAGGUCCUGGCCCCUCAGGUCCUGGCCCCUCAGGUCCUGGCCCCUCAGCGCCUGGCCCCUCAGGUCCUGGCCCCUCAGCGCCUGGCCCCUCAGGUCCUGGCCCCUCAGCGCCCGGCCCCUCAGCGCCUGGCCCCUCAGGUCCUGGCCCCUCAGGUCCUGGCCCCUCAGGUCCUGGCCCCUCAGCGCCUGGCCCCUCAGGUCCUGGCCCCUCAGCGCCUGGUCCCUCAGGUCCUGCUCUCCUAACCCCCGUGGCCCCUGCAGAACUCUGCGCCUCAGCCCACGACCAGGACUGGCUCCCGGGCUCCGGCCCCCAGCCUCCAGCCCUGAGUCAGGAGAUGUGCCUCUUCUUUGCUACGGCCAUCCACCAGCAUCGCCAGGCAAGAGUCGAACAGGAAGUGAGACGAGGUGGACAGGAAGGAAGCCAGAGAGAGGAAACCCAAGAGGAGCAGAAGACCAAGGAAACCCCAGAGGAGGAGCAGAAGACCAAGGAAACCCCAGAGGAGGAGCAGAAUACCAAUGGGCAGAGCAUCAAGGAGGAGCAGAGCAUCAAAGAGAAGAACAGCAAGGAACCUUCAGAGGAGGAGCAGGGUACCGAGGAGCAGAGCAACGAGGCCCCCACUGAAGGGGCGGACAACAAGGGGCCCGCUGUAGAGGCGGGGGCUCCUGAGAUGGAACAGCGACGAUCUAAGAGAGGUCACCCCAGUCCCGUGCCGCCAGCGACCACGCCGCUGUCCACCAGGCACUCCACCCCCACCAUGAAGAGGGAAAGCCCUGGGGAGCUACCAGUGGAGAAGGCAGUCCCGGUGCCUCCCGUGACGAGGGGCACUAGGGGCAGAGGAAGGAAGGCCAAAACCCCUACGAGGAAGGAGUGCAAGCGGAGUCCAGAGGAAACCGUGUUUGAGGUGUUGGAUUCCAUCGGGGGCGACGUGUUGGAAGACGCGCCAGCGCCAGAACAACCAGGACGACCCCGACGGGGGCUAGCGAACAAUGACCCAACGCCUGAAAAAGAUGGAAAGGUAGUACCUGACGACACUCCUGAAGGAACGCACGGCAAGCAGGAGCAAGUCAAGAAGGAAGAGGAGGUGGCCCGUCAAGUCAUGGAGGAGCCACAAGGUGACGAGCAGCCUGCUGCCGGAAAGAGAAGGAGUGGACGAGGGAGGAAAGAGGAGGUGGCGGUCUCUGGGACCUCCAAAAUGGCCGCCAAAGAAGGUCAGCAGAGGGUGAAGGACUUGGAGGAGGUGUACCAGGUGGUGGACUCAGUGGGGGGCGAGGAGGAACCGGCUCCAGUGGAGGAACAGCCGCCAGGGUUAGAGCCUAGGAGGGGGAAGAGAGGUGGUAAGGUCGCGGGGAGCGACUCCGCGACAGAAGACAAAGCAGCAAAGAAGAUGAAAACCACGGAGCAAACGGUGCCGCCCAAAGUAAACAAGGGUGUUGGAGCAAAGAAGGCGAUGGACGGAAGGAAGAAGGAGACCCAGGAGCAGGAGGAGAACACUCUGGUGUGUCAGGAUGAGGUCAGUGAGGAAGAGGAGGACUACCCCGACGAUUCAGUUGAGGAGGAAGAGCUGAGGAAGAGGCAGACAGUCGAGGAGAGGCGGAGAGAGGAAGAGGAGGAGGAGAGGAAGCUGGGAGAAGGAAUGGAGGGGCUGGUGACCCUAGAUGAGCUUGGAGAGGAGGAGGUGGAUGAGGAAGAGGUUGGUCCUGGAGGAGAGGAAGAGAGUGGAAGAAGAGCGGAGGGGAUCACAGAAGAAGAGCUGCAGGCGUUGGUCACUCUGGACGAGAUUGUUGAGGAGGAACAGGAAGGGGAGGGGCCAACACAUUCAGAGCCCCUUCCAGACGACCAAUCAGAGGCCAGGUUGAAUACUGAGACGGUCUGUGAUGAAGAGAAAGCGUCUUCCUCCAUCGUUGGUGAAUGUAAACAAAGCGAGGAGCAAGCAGAGGAGUGUGUGAGCUUCGUGACCUUGGACGAGGUGGGAUACGAGGAGGAGGAGGAGACACAGCCACGCAGCAAAAGAGGUAGACAGGCUACAGAGAGGAAAUGCACCAGGAGAGAACAACAACAACAACCAGCAACGGCUAAACCCUCUGGAGAGGAAUCCCCGCCCAUCCCGGCUCACGCUACCUCCCUAUUGGCCUGCGAGCCCGGGGCUGUUAUGAGCGUCAAAGGAGCAGAGCCAAUGGCAGAAAGCCCCACCCGGGAUGGUGAAGAGACUGGGUCGGAGGAGACGAGGCUUCUGAGGAAAGCGUCCAGUAAAGCGCGGAGGGUGGAGGAAGAGGCGGAGCCUAAGAGAGUCCGCUCUCACUCUCCCUCCGUUGCCCAUGACUACACCCUGCCCGCGUUCACCCCCAACAACCCCCUUGGGUCGGAGCAUGUGGUUCCUGGGUUCUACUGUAAUCUGUGUUCUGUGUUCUACAAAAACGAGACCAGCGCCAGGACACUCCACUGCAGCCGCUUGGGUCACUACAACAACCUGAAGAAGUAUUACCAGGGUCUCCAAGAGGAACAAUCCAGGAGCCAAUCAGGAGGAUGUACUCCUGGCAACGCCCCCAAAUUACUCUAGCCCCGCCCACAUACACACAACUGUCUUUUCAUUGGUUCACCGGAAUAUGGGGGAGCCUCGUCGAUGUUGUUCAAUCUUUUUAUAUCGUUUGGAGUGUCUGAAGAAGGAGAUACGUUUGUUUAGCGCCAAAACAAAAGGACAAUGUGUACUCUGACCGUUCAGAAUACAGAAGGACAGAGAUCUGCACUUCCCAGGUCGUUAUUAGACAGAGUUCACGAUGGAGUAGACUGUUCUUGCUGUUCUUACUUUUUACUUGUGUGUCUUAAAUGUUUUUCUAUGAUGAUCAGGAGUCAUCAUGGUAUGACCGCUUUAUUAAAGUUCUCUAUGUAUCAAACUAUGUUAUGUUUAAUGAUUUCAUAUAAUGACGUUGAAUAAAAGUCAACCAAAA